UAUAGUAUCAAUUUAUAUCAAUAUUAAUAUUUUAAUAUUUAAUAUUUUUUAAUAUUGAUAUUACCAGUUUUGUCAAGUUUAAAUAGUGACCAAUAAGAAAAAAAUGAACAAAAGAAUACUUGUUACUGUUGGAACAACUAAAUUUGAUGAACUUAUUAAUACUAUAACCACUAAUGAAGUGUUACAGGAACUUAAUAAUCAAGGAUAUAAUGAAUUGAUAUUACAAAUUGGAAAAACGAAUUUUCAACCCAACUGCUCUUCUAGAUGUGGAUUUAAUAAUAUUAAAGCUUUUCAUUUAAAUUCAUCCUUACAUGAAGUAAUGAAAUCGGCUGAUUUAAUUAUUAGCCAUGCUGGAGCAGGAAGUUGUCUAGAAGCUUUAGAGUUAUUGAAACCUUUAAUUAUAAUUAUAAAUGAUCAUCUUAUGAGUAAUCAUCAAUUAGAACUUGCUAAACAGCUUUAUAAAUUAGGAUAUUUAUAUUACUCUAAUUGUAAAGGAUUAUUGAAACUUAUUCAAAUAGUAAAUCUAUCUAAGUUAAAACCAUAUCCAGGUGAUAAAAGUAAAGAUAUAGCAAGUAUAAUAGAUAAAAUAAUGGGAUAUUCUAAUUUUUAAUAUAUAAAUAUGCUAAAAAAAUUGUAUCACUAAUUUGUAAUGUGUACCCAUACAUUUACAAUUUUAAAUUUAUAAAAAAUUAUUUGUUUGAUUUUAAUACAAAAUGAAUU